AUGAAUACGAAGAUAAAGAGGGAGAAGCAGAAAGAAGACUUGUCUCCUGCGGUCACAGACGAACACGAGUCCGAUGCCGACGACUCGUCGGCUUCUUCUUCGGACGAAUCAUCGUCUGAGUCCGUGCGGGAGUCGGCGUCGGAGUCGGAGGUGUCGAAACGCGAAAUGUCGGAGCGCGAGCAGUUCGAGCUGCAGGCCAAGUACCGGCGGCUGGACCGCGCACUGGUACAGCAGCGCACGGAGGUUGCACGCGAGAAUGGUAUCCAGGUGGUUUCGACGUCGCUGGACAUUGCGGAUCAGCUUUUUUCAGAGACCAAGACGUCGAUCCAGUCGAACAUCGUGGCCAAGGACGCGGCCACGUUGAAGGAGAUCGGUUUGCAGGCGAAGCUGGCGACGCGCAACCUGAAGCUCGGACGCUCUGAGCGCGUUUUGAACUUCGCCGAGUUCAGCAGCAAUUUUCAGCGAUUUUUUGCUACCGAGGACGACAUGGUUGACGUAGACUCGCCGGCCGACCGCGGAAUGGCCCUUCCUGCUGGGGCCGCUGGAGAUCACGCGAAAGACACGCGCGUCGCGGCCCCGGCUCCAGGACGAUUCCAAGAACAACGCCUCCAGGACGGCCAGCAAACGCAGUGCGUCGGAGCUGCUGGAGCAGGACCGCCAGGACGACACGACGGCAAACUCCGAGCGCUGUUUCCGCAAACUGCGCACGCUCAACAUGGCCCGCAAAAACCUGUUCGAGUUCUUCAUCGACCCGAAGUCGUUCGCCAGGUCGGUCGAAAACCUGUUCUACACAAGCUUCCUCAUCAAUCACGGCAAGAUGAUUCUGGGACGCGACGCGACGGGCGUCCCGUACGUCCAGGAGGCAAGCCCGGAAACCUUCAGGGACCUGCCGCGCUACGUCAACAGGGACGACUCCAAAUCGCACAUCGUAUUUAG